AUUUCCAUGAAGAAAACUCACAAGGACCUGAAUGGCCUCAUUUUAGUUGCUUCAGUGUGUGGAGCUAUUACUUGCUCCUUCAUUUUUUUUUGCCUGGUGUGACCGACCGUGGCUACUGAACACCAUGAAGGUUGUGCCAGAGAAGAAUGCUGUGCGGAUACUCUGGGGCCGGGAACGGGGCACCCGGGCCAUGGGAGCUCAGCGGCUUCUGCAGGAGCUGGUGGAGGAUAAAACCCGCUGGAUGAAAUGGGAAGGCAAGAGAGUAGAACUGCCUGAUAGUCCACGCUCUACCUUUUUACUGGCCUUCAGUCCAGACAGGACUCUUUUGGCUUCCACCCAUGUGAACCAUAAUAUCUAUAUUACGGAGGUGAAGACUGGCAAGUGUGUUCAUUCUCUAAUUGGGCACCGCCGUACUCCAUGGUGUGUUACUUUUCAUCCCACCAUCUCAGGCCUUAUUGCUUCUGGCUGCCUAGAUGGGGAGGUUAGGAUUUGGGAUUUACAUGGUGGCAGUGAAAGCUGGUUCACAGAUAGCAACAAUGCCAUUGCCUCUCUGGCUUUCCACCCUACCGCUCAACUUCUGCUCAUUGCCACUGCAAAUGAGAUCCACUUCUGGGAUUGGAGUCGUCGAGAGCCCUUUGCUGUGGUGAAGACAGCUAGUGAAAUGGAAAGGGUUCGUCUGGUGAGGUUUGAUCCACUUGGACACUACUUACUCACAGCAAUUGUUAACCCUUCUAAUCAGCAGGGUGAUGAUGAGCCAGAAAUUCCCAUAGAUGGAACAGAAUUAUCCCACUACCGCCAGCGUGCCCUCCUGCAAUCACAGCCAGUUCGCCGGACACCUCUCCUCCACAAUUUCCUGCACAUGCUGUCCUCCCGCUCUUCUGGCAUCCAGGUGGGAGAGCAAAGCACAGUGCAAGAUUCUGCUACCCCCUCACCCCCACCGCCUCCCCCUCAGCCCUCCAUGGAGCGCCCCAGGACUUCCGCUUACAUCAGGCUCCGACAGCGGACCGAGCCCUUCCACCCCCUGGAGCAGGCCUCAUCAGCGCAGCAGGACCAGGGCCUCCUGAACCGGCCGUCUGCCUUCAGUACGGUCCAGAGCAGCACUGCUGGCAACACGCUCCGCAACCUCAGUCUGGGUCCCACCCGACGCUCUUUGGGAGGCUCUUUGUCUAGCCACCCUUCUAGGUAUCACCGAGAACUAGCUCCUGGACUGACAGGAUCUGAGUGGACCCGGACAGUACUUAGUCUGCACUCACGCUCUGAGGCAGAAUCUAUGCCCCCACCUAGGACCAGUGCUUCUUCAGUAAGUUUGCUGUCUGUAUUGAGACAACAGGAAGGUGGCUCUCAGGCAUCGGUGUACACUUCAGCUACAGAAGGGCGGGGUUUUCCAGCAUCAGGUUUGGCACCUGAGUCAGAUGGAGGGAACAGUUCCAGCCAGACCAACUCUGGCAGCAUUCGCCAUGAGCUUCAGUGUGACCUGAGACGUUUCUUUUUGGAGUAUGACCGGCUGCAGGAGCUGGACCAGAGCCUGAAUGGGGAAACUCCUCAGACUCAGCAGGCCCAGGAAAUGCUCAACAAUAACAUCGAAUCUGAGAGGCCAGGCCCUUCCCACCAGCCCACCCCUCACAGUAGUGAGAACAAUUCCAACCUGUCCCGGGGCCACCUCAAUCGUUGCCGUGCUUGCCACAAUCUCCUGACUUUCAACAAUGAUACUUUGCGUUGGGAAAGAACCACACCUAACUACUCAUCUGGUGAGGCUAGCUCCUCCUGGCAGGUCCCAAGCACCUUUGAGGGCAUGCCAUCAAGUGGCAACCAGUUACCACCUCUUGAGCGAACUGAGGGCCAAACACCUAGCUCCAGCAGGCUGGAGUUGAGCAGCUCUGCUAGUCCACAGGAGGAAAGGACUGUGGGGGUGGCCUUUAACCAGGAGACAGGCCACUGGGAAAGAAUUUACACCCAGUCCAGCAGAUCUGGAACUGUAUCACAGGAGGCCUUACAUCAGGAUAUGCCUGAGGAAAGUGCUGAGGAAGAUUCACUUAGGAGGAGGCUGCUGGAGUCUUCUCUCAUUUCAUUAUCCCGUUAUGAUGGAGCAGGAUCCAGAGAGCACCCAAUUUACCCAGACCCAGCGAGAUUAUCUCCUGCUGCAUACUACGCCCAGAGGAUGAUCCAGUAUCUCUCACGGAGAGACAGUAUUCGCCAGCGCUCCAUGCGCUACCAACAGAACCGUCUCCGUUCUUCCACCUCCUCUUCUUCCUCAGACAACCAGGGUCCGUCAGUAGAGGGAACUGACUUGGAAUUUGAGGACUUUGAGGACAAUGGUGACAGAUCUAGGCACCGAGCGCCCCGCAAUGCCCGGAUGUCUGCACCUUCACUUGGACGCUUUGUUCCAAGUGAAAAUCGACUCUCUGGGGCAGUGAUUGGUGAUGGACAGUCUGCCGUAGCCAGUAACAUUGCCAAUACGACCUACCGGCUCCAGUGGUGGGACUUCACUAAGUUUGAUCUUCCAGAAAUCAGUAAUGCCUCUGUGAAUGUGCUGGUACAGAACUGCAAGAUCUACAAUGAUGCCAGCUGUGAUAUUUCUGCAGAUGGACAACUCCUGGCAGCUUUCAUCCCUAGCAGCCAGAGGGGCUUUCCUGAUGAAGGCAUCUUGGCAGUGUACUCCCUGGCUCCUCAUAACCUGGGGGAAAUGCUUUAUACCAAGAGAUUUGGUCCCAAUGCCAUUUCAGUGAGCUUGUCUCCAAUGGGCAGAUAUGUAAUGGUGGGCUUGGCCUCAAGAAGGAUCCUACUGCAUCCCUCCACGGAACACAUGGUAGCCCAGGUCUUCAGACUGCAACAGGCUCAUGGUGGUGAAACAUCCAUGAGGAGAGUUUUCAAUGUCCUUUACCCAAUGCCUGCUGACCAGCGGAGACAUGUAAGCAUCAAUUCUGCCCGUUGGCUGCCUGAGCCAGGGCUUGGCCUGGCCUAUGGCACCAACAAAGGAGACCUGGUGAUCUGCCGACCAGAGGCCUUAAACUUUGGUAUUGAAUACUACUGGGACCAGCUGAAUGAGACUGUGUUCACCGUCCAUUCCAGCAGCAGGAGCAGCGAGCGGCCUGGGUAAGCUGAAGUAGGAGAG